ACCUGUAAUUAUAUUAUUCUAGUCUCCAUAAUAAUCCAUGUGGGCUUUCUGGGGACAGGUUAUGGAAAUAGAAAGCCUCCAUGAUGGAUAUCUGAGAGAAUCUGUAAAUCCUGGUCAAGACAAUCAACGCAAAGGAGAGAAGCCUCUGGAAUGGGAAAAGAAAAUCACACAGAACUAUUAUCACAAUUCCUGCUACUAGGUUUCUCAGAUGAUCCUAAAUUGCAGCCUAUUCUUUUCGGGAUAUUCUUAUUUAUGUACCUGGUCACAGUGCUUGGGAACCUGCUCAUCAUCCUGGCUGUCAGUUCUGAUUCCCAUCUCCACAAUCCCAUGUACUUCUUCCUCUCCAACCUCUCAUUUGUAGACAUGUGUUUCACUUCUACCACUGUCCCAAAGAUGCUGGUGAACAUCCAGACAAAGAACAAAAGUAUUUCCUACGUGCAGUGCCUCACUCAAGUCUAUUUUUUUAUGGUUUUUGCAGGAAUGGAUAAUUUCUUACUGACUGUAAUGGCCUUUGACCGCUUUGUGGCCAUUUGUCACCCCUUAAACUACACAGUCAUCAUGAACCCUCACUUCUGUUGCCUCCUUGUGCUAAUGUGCUGGAUCAUCAUUUUAUCAGUCUCCCUGUUUCACAGUCUAUUAAUGAAGCAAUUAAUCUUCUCCAUGGGUACUGAAAUCCCACAUUUCUUCUGUGAGUUGGCUCAAAUUCUCAGAGUAUCAAGCUCUGACACUCUCAUCAAUAAUAUCGCAUUAUAUGUGGCUACUGCCCUGUUAUGUGUGUUUCCUGUCACUGGAAUUCUCUUCUCUUACUCGCAGAUUGUCUCCUCCUUAUUGAAUAUGUCUUCUGUAGUCAGCAAGUAUAGAGCCUUUUCCACCUGUGGAUCUCACCUCUGUGUGGUCUGUUUGUUUUAUGGUACAGCACUGGGGGUUUACCUCAGUUCAGCUGGGACUGAUCUUUCUCAAGGAAGCACUAUAGCCUCAGUGAUGUAUACUGUGGUCACUCCUAUGCUCAACCCAUUCAUCUACAGCCUGAGGAACAAAGAUGUGAAGGGGGCUCUGGUAAGACUCCUUAAAGUAUAUUCUUGUCCCUGAUGAAUCAACACC